CAUUGACGUCAAUGACUGUCUGUGAUUGGUCCUGACCUGUUUCCGGUAGGGCAGCCAUCCAAGGACUGUAAAAACAGAGGAGAGAGGAGUUUGUAUCAGGGGGAACAAAUAGUCUGUAAAAGCGACUUAGCUUCGAAUACCUUUGCGGACCUGCGGGUGACCAUGGCGACGAGCAGCGAGGAGGAGAGGAGCCUGCGGGAGUGCGAGCAGUACGUGCAGAAGCACAAUGUGCAGCAGCUGCUGAAGGACUGCAUCGUGCAGCUGUGCACCGCCCGGCCCGAGCACCCCAUGGCCUUCCUGCGCGAGUACUUCCAGAGGCUGGAGAAGGAGGAGGCCAAGCAGCUGCAGACGCAGCAGAAGCCCAGCUUGCGCUCGGACUCGCGCGAGGAUGAGAUCUCUCCUCCCAUGAACCCCGUGGUGAAGGGCCGCCGUCGCCGUGGUGCCAUCAGCGCCGAGGUGUACACCGAGGAGGACGCCGCGUCCUACGUGCGCAAGGUCAUUCCUAAAGACUACAAGACCAUGGCGGCCCUGGCGAAAGCGAUCGAGAAAAACGUUCUUUUCGCCCAUCUGGACGACAACGAGCGGAGUGAUAUAUUUGACGCCAUGUUUUCUGUCACCUACAUCGCUGGAGAGACAGUCAUCCAGCAAGGUGAUGAAGGAGAUAACUUCUACGUUAUUGACCAAGGAGAAAUGGAUGUGUAUGUCAAUAACGAGUGGGUCACCAGCAUUGGUGAGGGGGGCAGUUUUGGGGAGCUGGCGCUGAUCUACGGGACACCCAGAGCCGCCAGUGUGACGGCCAAGACCAACGUCAAGCUGUGGGGCAUCGACAGAGACAGCUACCGGAGGAUACUGAUGGGAAGCACUUUAAGGAAGCGGAAGAUGUAUGAAGAAUUUCUCAGCAAAGUAUCGAUAUUGGAGUCACUGGAGAAGUGGGAGCGCCUCACGGUGGCCGACGCGUUGGAGACGGUGCAGUUUGAGGACGGACAGAAGAUUGUGGUCCAGGGAGAGCCGGGAGACGAGUUCUUCAUCAUCCUCGAGGGCUCCGCGGCGGUGCUGCAGCGCAGGUCUGAGAACGAGGAGUUUGUGGAGGUCGGACGUCUCGGGCCCUCCGAUUAUUUCGGUGAGAUCGCGCUGCUGAUGAACCGCCCCCGCGCCGCCACCGUGGUCUCCCGCGGCCCGCUCAAGUGCGUGAAGCUGGACCGGCCGAGGUUCGAGCGCGUCCUCGGCCCCUGCUCGGACAUCCUCAAGAGGAACAUCCAGCAGUACAACAGCUUUGUGUCCCUGUCGGUCUGAAUACCCCUGGCCCCGCCCCUUUCUGCAGUCUGCAAACCCCCCAGGCCCUGCCCCUUUCUGCGGUCUGUAAAGCCCCCCCCCCCUCCUGGCCCCUCCCCUUUCUACAGUCUGCAAACCCCUGGCCCCGCCCCUUUCUGCAGUCUGCAAACCCCCUGGCCCCACCCCUUUCUGCAGUCUACAAACCCCCUGGCCCCUCCCCUUUCUGCAAUCUGAAACCCCCCCGGCCCCUCCCCUUUCUGCAGGGUCCACCAACCUGUUUGCUUUAUUUCCCUCUGGGUUUUUGCUUUCUGUGUUUAUUAUAUUUUUGUUUUUCUGACACCCAGCCCUCCUGCCCACAUUGUAGCCUGCCUUUCUGUCUGUCUGUUUGUCUGUCUGUCUUUUUAUAGCGACCCAAUGGGACAUUUCACAUUUAUACUUCAUAAGCUUUCUCCCGCGCUAUAGGCCAACCCGGUGUGGCAGCAGAAAAAUGGGCCCUCACUCGCUCUCUCUCCUGUACAGAGGAGAAUACGCUCGGCAGCCAGACAGCCAGAAGUUUCACUUGCUUUUAAAGAGUGAUCACCUGUGUGCAGUUGUCCCGGCAACAGGGAGAAACAGUAAGACAAAAAAAAAAAAAAAGAACAGUCCCUUACGAUGAACAACCACAUUUGGAUGCUUUUGAUUUGGCUGUUUGAGAUUUGGAGGUUUGGAAUCCCUAAACCAAUGCAGUUAGUUUUGUGUUCCUCAGUGGUUAUUUGGAUGGAACUGUUGGUUUUAAACACCGUUACAGCCAUGGUGACCUGCUCUAAUGUUUUAUAAUAAUUGUUGCACAUGUACAGUAUAUACAUACAUGUGUGUGAGUCUGUAUAACCAUAAACAUUAUAUUUUUUGCACAGUUUGUGAUAUAUAAGAAACAAUGUUUUUAUGCACCUGCUAGUAUUAAUUGCAGCAACAUGUUCCAGUAUCUUUAUUAAUUACGGAGAGCAAAUAUAUCCCUCAUUUAAAAAAAACUGCAUAUAUUCUUCUCCUAGUCCCCUCCCCAACCCUGUCCCAUAUGUCUCCUGGGUGUCUCUUGUUCAUCUUUACUGUGUUUUUCUUUAUUUCUUUUAUUUUAUUUAUUUCAAGCUGAAGUCGGAGCAGCUGUCUGCAGGACUUUGUUUAGGAAACAUGGCUUCUAAGCCAGUGCCAAAUAUUACAGGCUGCUCUCGAUUUUGUUGGAAAGCCGGGGUCUGGAAGAAAACUAGUGCACAUUAGUACUCUGAAUGUGAUACUGAUGAAUAAACAGUUUUUAGACGCUGAGAUCCAGGGCGAUCACAGGUCAAAGGAAGCCCUCUGUAGGAGGAUGGGGUUGCAUAGGAGAGGCACUCUGAGCUUAGCCAGGGUGCUAACGUCUUUCCUCUUGGAAAAGGAAGCGGGGAAAACGUGGUGACGGUUCGUCGGUUGUGUUCGGCUUUUACGCUAUCGCACGAAGAACCACGCAGUCGAUGCGCGAAACGGGGCGGGGCGCCUUCGAACGCCGUGAAGCCGCUCUCGCUGUAGUCCCGUUCGGAUCGCAGCGGGAUUCGCGCGAUAUGACUGCUGCCCCUCGUGAUCAUAUCCCCGUGUCCAUGCCGACGGACGAGCCCAGCGUUUCUCCCCGGCUCCCGUUUUUUAAGCGCGAGGUGGCCCUGCAUGCCGAAUGCAGAACUGAAGUGUAACGUCAGUCUCCUGUAGCUGUGGGCCUCAGUUACACAAAUAACGCAUUUUUAUUUUGGACCGGCGAACGGCCUUUAUAGAAGACGGGAUUUUGACAGAAGCCCGAUUGUGAUAAAUGCUGUUGAAGUCUUAAACGUGUUAAAGUAUUUACUCAUUUCCUGUUACGUUUCUUAGUAUACGCCAAAUGUUUCUUCAAUUUCCACAGUUCUGUAAUGUAUGUGAACAUGUAAUUUCCUUUUAUUAUUAUUAUUAUUAUUAUUAUUAUUAUUAUUAUUAUUAUUAUUAAUACUAUGUAUAGAGUUAGCGUAGUACAAUAGAUGGGACUGACAGCAGGCUCUAAGAGUAAACAUUAUUUUUUAAAUGGCUAUUUUUCCAUAAAUUCACUCUAUUCUGUGUGCCCUGUGGCAUGAUUUAAAGAACUCUCCCCGGAAAGAGAGCCGUCGUUUCAUUGGUGCCGUUCCGCGGUGGGAUACGGGGAGUCCAUGUUGACGCAGAGACGCAUCCACAGCGCUUUCCCGCUCGUCUUUAAGAGUGUUGCUCACAGCACAAUGCCACAUCAGUUUGCAAACAAGCUGGGAAACGCUCUUGUGUGUGUUCAUACGCUUGGGGGGGGGGGAGCUCUGUUUUGCAUGACAAGUAUUGUUUGGGAGGUGCGUGAUACGCACCCUCCUGCCAGUGUAUUUUAUUUUACACACUUAAACACUGAACUGGAAAGUACUGUGUUACACUGUAAUGUUACAGUUUGUCCAAAAAAAGUGCCUGCAUUCUAAGCUUUUGUGGGAUAGAACCCGUUCGGGUCAUUCCAGAAUGUCUUUCCGGAACUUGUCAACAUGGCUACCCAGUGUAAUUAUUUUUGUGUAUUUCUUUGACAGAGUUCACCUUUGAGAAUUUCUUUUUUUUUUUCAGCAAACAAAACCAUACAAGUGUGGAGUAGUGUUUUAUCUGCCUCUUUAAUGCAGCUGAAGGUAUCAUACAUGUUCCCAUGGUUUCCUUUAUUCACCAUGACAACUGGUUAGAUGUAAAUUGAAGUUUAUGUUCAAAUAAAACUCCAUAAACUCUUUAAA